AUGGGUCACCAGCAGCUCUCCUGGAGCCAUCAGAGGAAAUUUGGCCAGGGUCCUUGUUCUUGCUGCGUCUGCUCAAACACACACCAUCUGAUCCGGAAAUACCGCCUCAGUAUGCGUCACCAGUGUUUCCAUCAGUACGCAAAGGAUAUAGGCUUCAUUAAGUUGGAUUAA